ACCCACUGAUAGAGUAGGCUAAAGACCGCCCCCUUUACAGUGUGGUCGGGGAAUCUUAGAUGAAUAAGUUCAACGAAACUGAAACGAGAUGCUGGCCUUGCAUCUCUUGUCAGUGGUAGUGGCUGUGUGUAUGGGGCCAGUCUCUGGCUUUAGCAAUGGGAAGGUUUCCCAGGCCUGUGGGGACAUGGUGCCAGUGCAUGGCUCUGAGUCCAGCCCCCUGCCUGCUCCUUACAACAUCUCUGUACACACUUCGACUUUUGGUCCUGGGGACAAUAUAACAGUGACUUUAUCCGUCGCCACUUCUGGGUCAGGCUACUUUAAGGGCUUCCUGAUGGAAGCGAGGGAUGCUGGGAACCCCACUGGCUCUCCUGUAGGGUCGUUCAUCCUGGUCAACCCGGCUGUUUCCCAGCUGCUGCGCUGUGGCCGCGCACAGGGAUCCGCAGUAAGCCACACCAGCGAUUCCAAAAAGACAGAGGUCCAGGCUCUGUGGGAAUGUCCAAGGAACCCUCCAGAAAAAGUUCAAAUCCUGGUGACGGUGCUGCACAAAUAUAAGGAGUAUUGGGUGAAGGUCCCUGGUCCUGUGUUGUCUCUAAAGGGGACGACUCCGGAACCUCCUAGCCCCUCUGCCUCCACCACUAAAUCCCCCACCCCAUCUCCACUGCACAGUCCUUUCACCUUGGUUGGCUGCGGCAGCAGCAAGUCGUGUUUGCGGGACCCUGUGGGCUGUGACCCAGAGGCCGACCUGCACUGCUUCUUCCUGUCCUUCACCCCGGAGGGAAACACUGUGCUGUUUGAGCUGAGCGGGCCGGCGGAGGGAUACAUGUCCUUCGCCCUGUCACUAGACAAAUGGAUGGGUAACGAUGACGUCUACCUGUGUGUGACAGACGGCGAGAGCGUGAACAUCGACGCUGCCUACGUCUCGGGACGAACACACCCUGUGCUGGCAGAGAAGGAUGUUCUGUCAGAGCGGGCCUGGAGGAUCGCUGACGGGGUCAUCCAGUGUCGUUUCCGUAGAAACGUGCGGACUGCGCAACAGGACGACGGCAGGUUCAAUCUGGACCAGAGCUUCUUCCUGUUCCUAGCACACGGCAGGUCCGAAAACGGCGCCAUCCAUCGACACGACCGCCAGCCUUUGAUUUCCACCCAUCCAAAGGUCCUAACAAGCACUCCUGAGGAUCUGAUUGGCUCACGAUCACCUUUGAUGAUCAAGUUCCAUGGUGCAUUGAUGCUUGUAGCCUGGAUGUUUACUGUCAGCACGGGGGUUGUGGUCGCUCGCCACUUCAAAGCAGACUGGCCGGAGAGGACUGUAUGUGGGCAGAAGAUCUGGUUUCAGGUGCAUAGAAGCCUGAUGGCCGUGUCUGUGGUGCUGACCUGUGUGGGGUUCACCUUACCCUUCAUCUACAGAGGAGGAUGGAGCAAGCAUGCCGGCCCCCACCCUUACCUUGGCAGUACCGUCAUGGCGCUGUCCGUGAUCCAGCCCACCAUGGCCUUCAUCAGACCAGCCCCUGACUCCUCACGGAGGUAUAUCUUCAACUGGAUGCAUAUGGGGACAGGCAUCGCCGCACAGGUCCUGGCUGUUGCAGCCAUGUUCCUGGGACCCCAGCAGCAGGCCCUGCUCCUGCCCAGCCCCUGGCCUACGGCCGUGCUUUCUGGCUGGGUGGCCUGGUUGGUCGUGACCCACCUGCUCCUGGAGCUCCUUACUAGAAGAGCACUCGCCACAGAUUCAGAGGAUAAGGACAUCUUGGUCCCUCAGGUUGAGGAGGAGCAGAGGCAGAAACAGGCGACUUCAUAUACGAAGAUUGUCCUGGCCGUGUUCCUCUUGGGAAACGUGACAUUCCUGGCUAUCCUUCUAAGUGUUAUUGCAAAUGUAUAACUAUAAUUUUUUUGUGAUAAGUAUUCUAAUUUAUUGUGAUUACAGGUACAUAAUUUGUGUACCAGAAUUGUUAAUCAUUUGUUCCACACAAGCCAAAAUGGUGCUACUGCCUCUGACAUUGAAUGAUUUGUUUAAAAAUCAUUUUAAGGAACGCACACUGGAUCAGAAGUCUCUGUUCAACAACACACUUUUAUUGUGGAUUUCUUCAGCUCGUUUGAAUAAAUACCACAUAUUACAUGUGAACAACUCAAAUCAGAAUGUUAGUUAUUUGGUAUCUGAAAGGGGCUUGAUUAGGCACAGCCAUGUCGAUGCUGUACGUGUUGCAGUUUCACCGCGUGCCGCUGAAUACCUCCUCCAGCUCGCCUCGCAGAAAGGGACUGGGCUUUCUGCUGUUAUCCUACAUAGUGCUGCUCAUGAGUGUUAUCUUCUGUGCUUUUUGCUGAAGCGACAACUCGUUCCAGCCAAUUACAUUCAAAUGUGCGCAUGCUAAUUGUGCUCUUCGGAUCGCCUCAGUAUGUCACCACUGUGACUGCAAGUGCCUUCGGCCAUUUAUGGGAAUUUUCUUCUGAUUAGAGCACUGGAUCACUUUUUGUUU